AUGGAAAUAACCUAUUCUAAGCAAGGUAUUUCCAUUAACCAACGCAAGUAUGCCCUGGAAAUAUUAUUUGACACAGGCUUUCUUGGUUCUAAACCUACGUCAACCCCCAUGGAUUCUCAUUUGAAGUUGAACAAAUCUGAGGGUAAACUUUUUUCUGACCCUACCUCUUACAAAAGGCUGAUUGGAAAGUUAUUGUAUUUAACUCAUACAAGACCUCAUCUUAGUUACUCGGUGCAUCAUCUUAGUCAGUUUCUAGACAGCCCUCAAGAGCCUCAUCUUCGAGUUGCACAUCGAAUUUUGCGUUACCUUAAAGGCACACCUGGACAAGGUUUAUUUUUUCCAGCUUCAUCCUCUUUACAUUUGAAGGUAUUUGCUGAUUCUAAUUGGGCAAAUUGCCCUAAUACAAGGAGAUCAGUUACUAGCUAUUGUGUCUUUGUUGGUGAUUCAUUAAUCUCAUGGAAGUCUAAGAAACAACAAACUAUAUCUCGAUCUUCUGCUAAAGUGGAAUAUAGAUCUAUGGCUUCUGUUGUUUGUGAGCUCACAUGA